GGAAGACGCCCAAGCUAAUCAGCUAAUUAACCCGAUCACAUCUAGCUAGCUAACUAAGAGUAAUUAGGGGCUAAUUAGUUUCAAAGUGAAGUGAGGCGAUAUGGAGGGAGAGAAGAAGAGCGUGGUGCUGAUCAACUGCGCGGUGAGCAUGUACGGCAACCGCGUCCGCAUCGCGCUGGCGAGGAAGGGCGUGGCGUACGAGGAGAAGCCGGAGAACCUCGCCGCCAAGAGCGCCCUGCUCCUCUCCUCCAACCCCGUCCACGGCCAGGUCCCCGUCCUCCUCGUCGGCGGCAAGCCGGUGUGCGAGUCCCUCGUCAUCCUCGAGUUCAUCGACGAGGAGUUCGCCGGCGUCGGCGAGCCGCUGCUGCCCGCGGGGCCCUACGAGCGCGCCCAGGCCAGGUUCUGGGCGUCCUACAUCGACGCCAAGCUGGCGCCGUGCGCCGGGAGGGUGUGGCGGUCGCCGGCGGGCGCCGCGGGCGCGGCGGCGGUGGAGGCGGCGAGGGGCGAGCUGGUGGCGGCGAUGCGGACGCUGGAGGCGGAGCUCGGCGGGAGGAGGUACUUCGGCGGCGGCGGCGAGGCGCUGGGCUACGUGGACGUGGCGCUGGCGCCGUUCACGGCGUGGUUCGCGACGUACGAGCGGUUCGGCGGGUUCAGCGUGGCGGCGGAGUGCCCGGAGCUGGCGGCGUGGGCGGCGCGGUGCGUCCGGGAGAACGCGUGCGUGGCGGCGUCGCUGCCGGAUCCCGAGUUCGUGUACCAGUUCGCAUGCGGCAUGAGGAAGCACUUCGGCCUCGACGGCUGAGAUCAAAAUGAGCUCGCCGGCGCCGCGAUUGGCCGGCCGGUGCAAAUAAGCGAAACCAUCGCGCGUGCAUGCAUGCCUGCAUGGGAAACUAUCAUUUCCCCGUUUUCGCGGCAAGGUCUUUGGCUAUUUUUGUGUGCUUCGCUUGCGUGUGUACUCCCUCCGUCUCAAAAACUAAUAAAUGAAUCGAAUAUCACAUAGUAUAACGAAUCUGACUAUAGAUUUGUUAUACAUGUUCUAGUUAAUCUUAGAUUGGUUUUGUGGGACGGAGAGUACAUGCGUGUGUUUUUUUUCGCAAUAGCUUUUUAUGUGCCUUUUAAUUUGCUUGGCGAUUCGACAUUGACAUAUCGAUGUGUGUGUUUCUUUUGUGGUGGUGUGUGGGCGUGGCGAUCGACUGCAAUUCCUGAGUUUUGUCCUAGGUGAAAUGUUGUCUGCUUGCGUGGAUGCUGUUUUUGGAGUUUAAAGUGCUCUGAAUAUGCUGUAAUGUACUUCUGUAUGUGUGCUGUAUUCAGAGGUGGGGAAAAAAUAUCGUGCUAUGUAUGUCGUUGUUUUCCUUUCACAGAAUAAAAGUGGAGUACACAAGUUGUUACGUUA